UUUUCAGUUGGGCGCAUGAUUUUCCGAUACAUCGCUUCCGUUGUAGGUGCAUGUUAUUAGUUUACUGUCAACUAUUUAUGUAACAAUGUCAGGCCGCAGUAAAUUCUUCAGAUAUCUGCAGUUUAUUAAGAGAAAUAAAACGGUGAUGACUGCACCCGCUGUUAUGCUUGGAGCAUCUAUAGUUGGGAUGAAAUGGCCGUCUUGGCCUACAGAAAAUAAAGAUCGUGUGGUUUUCCUUCCUAAAGCUGUCAAUGAUGCUCCCUCAAAAGCCAACUUAAAAAUGACAUUCACUGACAAAGAAAACAGAGAUGAUCCAGUGUUACCAACAGGAGAGUUAAACUGGAACUGCAAGUGUAUAGAGCGAGAUGUAAUUGGUCCUUGUAACACUACCUAUCGACCAUUGGCUCAGUUAAUGCAUGACCACAAAAUCAAAGACAACCUUGCUGACGGUGACCUGCAGACAGAAGUCAAGGUGGAAUUUGAUAGGUUAAUGGAGGAGUACAUAGCCUGCACCAUGGACCACCCAGUGUACUACAAGCACAUGUUACUACCAGAGGAACUGGAAGACCUGGGUAUAGACGCACACAUAUUGGAGCAGGCCAGUCUGAAACAGGAACUGGAGCGGCAAGAAAACACCAGAGCUUAUGGAAAGGAUCUGGUUGUAUUUUUAACAGAGACUGAGAACAAAAUACCAAGCACAGUGAAGAUACCUAAGCAUACAGAUCUGGAAGAGUACAGAGAUCCUCUUUUUCCUGAUGGAACAAUAAACUGGGCUUGCGGCUGUAUAGAGAAAGAAGUCGUUGGUCCAUGUAAUGUACAGUUCCGAGCGUUUCGUCAGUUCUUUCAUGACAGCGAGGGAUACAAAGAUGACAUGCCGAUUGCCAAGCAGAAAGAACUGGAGGAAAUUGUUACAAACUUUCUCGAGUGUACAAAAUCGCAUCCUGUUUACUACGAGAGCUUAUUGAAAUUUCACAAGGAUAAAGACAAUGAUGAUGAUAAUGGCACUGAUCCACUUUCUGACAGCUCAAAUUCAAAAGGGGAGGAAUCACCUUGAGUAUUAUAUGAGCAGCACUUUGGGAAAAACUGGGCUUUAUGCAUGUUUCCUCCCAGAUAAAGCCUGCACAGGCCAAUCAGGGAUGACUUUUUCCGAUUUAAUUGAAUUUUUGGUUGAAAGGAAGUUUCUUCACAAGGACAAUUCAGUGUAGGCCAAAAUUGAUGUCCCCUAUUAGCCUGUGCUCAUUGCACAGACUAAUCUGGCGUGACACUUUACCAACAUGAAUUAAACCCAGUUUUCCGAGAGCAAUUCUUAUAUUAUAAACAAGCAAAGUAAAUUUUAGAAGGAAUGUGUAGGACUCAAUCUUUCUCGCAUGGUCAGUGUUUAUAACAGGUUAAAAAUUUGUGCACCUGCACAUUUUCAGGCAUUUAAAUUGAAACUAAUGUCAUCAUUAUAAAGUGUAUAUGUGAGAGACUAUUUUCAUCUCCAAUGAUUCACACAUUGUCGAGUUAUUUGCCUUUGAACAUGGCUGACAAGUGUUGUGGGGGUAGUAGUCACCUUGGAGACAAAAAUCUAGUUCAUUUUGUUGUUGAUGAAUUCAAUACUCAAGUUAUAGUGACAGUUUUUAGGCCGACUCAUGCACUGCUGUGAAUUUGAUAUUUUGUGCGCAUUUUGAAAUAUGCUGCCAGCAUAAAAGAAAAAAAUGCAUCUGCAUAGUUUUAAAUGCCGUGUUUGACUUCAUACCUAGUUGCAAACGUGUUGGAAAAAGAUUUCAAAUAUGCGGCCAUUAUUAAGUAAAUGUAUGCAGUGUUCAAUGCCGUACUUAACUAAACUUCCUCAAUAACUUGUAGCAAACAAGCAGGAUUAAUUCUCUCUAUGUCUGAUCACAAUUUAGAUUUCAGACGAUUAUAUGUGAUGAUAUGACAAAAUAAAUACUUAUAAAAUUGGAAA